UUUUUUCUUUUUCUUUUUCUUUUUGGGAUUCUUCUUCCCCAUCCCCGCCCCUUCUCCUCAUUUAAUAUAUUCAACUCAUGUUACUCGCUCCUACUUGUAUAAAAACUAUUCCACCAGGAUUCAUUGACUUUACUUCUUCCUGUUUUGACGCUAUUCUAUAUCCAAAUCUUCCAAAACACUUACCAGUCCAGACAGUAUUACAACAUGGGAUUCCGUCAACAGUACAACAACGUAUUACUCAUUUACCCGAUCUACUACCUUUUAUUCAACUGAUAACAGAAAAAUGUAAUGUUCAACCUGUUCACCUGAUCAUGGCACUUAUGUAUGUUCAACGUUUUCGGAAUAGUCUACCUUCAGGAUACAAAGCAGAACCUGAAGCAGCACAUCGUAUCUUUGUAGCAAGUUUAUUGGUCGCUAGUAAAUAUAGUGAAGAUCACUGUUUAUCCACCAAACAAGUGGUCCGAGCCACCGGUGAUGUAUGGUCUAUCAAGGAAAUCACUCGAAUGGAAUUAGCUUUAUUACGAUUUUUACAAUGGAAUCUUUUUAUUCAUCCUGAAGAAAUGGUGGAAUUUUUAGAAAAGCUUGGAUUUGAUAGUCAAUGGAUUUUUGAUGAUGCUCCUUCUUCUCCUAUUGUUUGAUAUUCUCUCUCUUUGUAUUCUAUACUUUUUUAUAUUGGCUCCAUUGAUUGGUUGCCUUAAUACUUUUAAUUCUUUUUUUUUUUACUUUCUAGUUGAUUAUCCUUUGUACAUGUUUACCCCUCCUUCCUAUUUAUCCUCCUCUUUGUAUAUUGUCCUCUACUAUUAAUAAACUUUUUAUUCUUGAUACUCUUCAAAAAUUGUUAUUUUAUCUGUUUACAGUGCUAUAGACAAUAAAAUAAAAAUGGUUGGGAAGUUCAGGUUGUUCAUCAAGCGAUCUGCCUAUUGGAUCGAUUUCUAGGAGCGGUGGGUCAAAAAAAAAAUUAGGUCACAGUGAAAAAAAAAAAAUUCAUUUUUUUUAAAAAAAAAACAAACGGGGACCUGAUUUCAUUCCUUUUUCUUUUCUUUU